GUGCUGUUCAUAGGAAUGCCGUUUUCAUAGAUGUCUCCCACUGACCAAUGGCAGACGCGCUUUGCUUCACAGGAGGUGUGGGUUCUGAACACUCAUUACAUGUUGUUCGGGCCUUAUGGCCCACGCGUUGCCUUGCAGGGGACGCACAAGGGUCGUUUCGACGAAUUGCUCAAAUGCCUGGCUGUUGCGCCGCCAAAUGCUGCAGUCCGACUAUUCUGGGUUCGGCAUCUUAAUCGCACCUGCGUGUCAGCCCGGGACUUGGCGGUUUCCAUAUGUUGGGCUCAGGCGGAUGCCGUUGUCAGUAUGGAGGGGGAUGAGCUGAGCCAUUGGAUGAGGUUUGUGGGCAAAAAUGCGCCCAGCGAACAGCAGAUGGCCAGAUUUUUGUGGCCCAACAUUUACGCUGCAUGGCAAGGCCACCCUUCCUUCAGAAGCUUGGAGCAGGCGAAAGCAGACUGGGCACAGUGUGGCCAUGACCAGCCCACGCCUGGAGUGAGCGUUUGGAAGUACGAGAAUACCGAGGGAUGGCAGGAUUCCUGGACCGAUGCCGAUCCAGACUGGCCAAGGCAACCCACCGCCAGCAGCAUCUCCUUUUACCUCAGAAAGCUUCAAACUCAGUGGAAGGAGCUUGGGCAGACCGCCGUUGGGCUUCUGCUGGACACUGAAGGCGUGCCUUUGCGAUUCUUCAGCGAAAGCCCACUGUGUGAAAACUCGAGAAGCAGAGCCCCACAGGCUCUCAUCACAGUCCUAGGCGGCCCAAGAGGUAUUUCACAGGCUUUCAAGGCUGCUGUGCAGCAAUCCUUCGAGUCACAAGGCAUCACUUUGCUGCAGGUGUCGCUUGGACCUCACGAAGAAGUUGCGCAUGCCUGUGUCGCAUAUCUCCGGUUGGAGGAUGACGCAGGCCGACUCCGGGCAGCUCUGACGGACCUGCUGUUGUUGGGGCGUGCGGGCUAUGAAUCCAUGGGUCGGCAAGCAGAGGCCACGAUGCGCCGCAGGCUUCGCGGAAAGCGCCCGCGGCCAGGCAGACUCGCGAGAUCAAGUCUUGGGCCGAAGCGCCGGCAGGCUGCUUCCCGGAGCGGGUGAGACCGCGGCGUUGUUGGGCACGAGCUUGCAGCGAAUCACCUGGCGGAAAAAGAGAAUACACCAGAGGCUGGAGUGGCAUGGUAGGUCGAUUGAGGAUCCUUGAGCUCGGAAAAAAGUGUCAACAUUCGGGGCGCCGUCUGGUUAGUGUUGCCACGUUCGCCGUGCUCCCCUUUCUCUAGAACAAUUGGC